CGUGACAUUAUAUCAUUUGCUUGUAUCGAUCAGGACGUUAACUUGUGUUUUGUCUUUGUGGAUUGCCGAGAUAUGGCCGGCGCUCCGCCGAAUCAAGGACGCUUUACUUGUGGUGCUCUCAACCACUGGAGUAGAGAGUGCCCACAGCGAUCUUAUGGGUUUCGACCCCCGGCUACGGGUGCUAAUGCUAUCCCUACUGCUGGCCCAAUUCUUGCUCUUCCUGCGUCGGGCGGGGCUCCUGCGGCUGCAGCGACUCCUGCGAACAAUAUGGCUUCCACAUCUGGAACGACUGGUAACUCCUCCUUUGGUUAUCAACCUCGACCGCGAAACAACUGGUGGAAGGACAAUCAAGACCGUUUUGACAAAGUCUACAACAAAUAUGUGCAAUAUGAGGAAAGUGAGAGGAAGCGCAAGGACAACGAAGAAAAGGAGAGGAUUAAAAAAGAGGAAGAAGAAAAACGCAACGAAUGGAAGAAAAAGAGGGAGCAGCUGGAGGCAGAGAUGGCUGCCAGAUUGGACAAGCGAUUUGAAGAGCUUGGUCUGAGAAAAAAGGAUGAGCAAGGUGGGACGGGUCAACUAGAUGAGGUGACACGUUUAAAAAAGGAGAAUGGCGAGCUUCUUAGGAGGAUGAAUGGCGCUGGUAACAGUUACGGGUCGGAGAGCGAAGUGGCGCGCCUCAAACGAGAAAACGAGGAAUUGAAGCGAAGGACAUGUCAGGAUGGAACCAAUAUGAGAGACGUUACCAGGAUGGCGCGUCUGAAGCGAGAAAAUGAGGAAUUAAUGAGGAAAUUGAGUGGAGAGGGAACUAGUCGGAGGGAGGGGGAUUGUGUUUCUAAGUUACAGAAUGAGAUUUGUGAGUUCCGCAAGAUGGUGAGUAGUAAAACGGUGGAAAGCGAUGAAAUCUUCGUACUGAAGCAGGAACUUGGGGAGCUGAAACAGUCUGCCUUCAUGAAAACCAAUUUCGAGCAAGAGAUUGCUGGGCUGCGGAAAGAGGUUGAUGCUUUGCGUAGACAGAACGAAAAAGUGGUGGAGGAGACUAAAUUAUGGAAAGAUGAAGCUAUGAGACCUGGAAACAAGCGUGGGAGUGUGGCGAUGGGCACUCCGGGGUUACCGAAUCGAGGCUCUCCGAAACCUCAAUGGACUGACUGCAUGAGGAAAGAUGAUAAGUGGAAAGAAGAGUACAAGAAGUUGCAGAGCUUACAUAAGCUUGCAAACGUGGAGGCGGAGCUGCUGAAGGAGAAAAGAGCGGCAGCUGAGGUCAAGAGGAUGGAAGCAGAGAACCAGAUUAGAGAUCUCGAAGAUAAGAUGAGCCGCCUUAAUGCCGCCGAAGUUGGGAAAGGAACAGGGAGUGGGGGGACAAAUCUCAAAGAGAGAUUGGAAACGGUGACACUCGGAUCUGUGCAGAGAGGAAGGAAAGAGACGCCAGGCCGGGGAUCGACGGACGAGGGGUUGGAUCGACUGAAGGACGUCAACAACCGUUUUCAAUUUAUUGAAGAUCAGAAGAAGCAGCUGUGCAACUUAAAAAAGUUGGGACUGGAACCUAUGUGUAAGGAGGCCGGGAUUCGUGUGGGUAAGGUUGAACAAAUGGUGUGUGAACUCGCUGAAUAUCGGGUGGAACAAGCCUUUGGCACGGCGCGUGAGGAUGCUCCAGGAUCCAAAGGUAAAAAACAAGUGGUUGAUGUUGACGAUGACUCGGAGCUGAAGGACUCAGCAAGGUCUGAGGAAGGGGAUGAGAGGUUCGUUGAGCUAUGAGGAGUUUUUCCGAACGUGGCUAAACUAUGGUCGCUGACGAAUGAAUGCCGAAGGAAGCG